GAGCUUGUCAAUCUCCGCUUAGUGGGUCGGGGAGAUUCACUUUGUGGGUCGACAGGGGAAUCGUUAUCAAAGGGGAGAAUAACCCGGGAUAUCACCUUUGAUGGCCUUUAUACCUGACAAUUAGACGCGUGUAUAUAUGACGCUGCCGUUCGUCUUCAGUUCACCUUUUUCUUUUCUUCUGUAUCCAUCGAUCAAUUACACUCAUUUACAAUAAAGUAAUACCACACUCAUUUACAAAAACCAUCAACCUCUUCAAAACCCAAACACUUCCAAACCAAAACAAACCAAACCAACAAACUUCAAUCUAUCAAAAUGCAGUUCAACAUCCUCGCCCUUACCGUUGCCGCUAUGGCCUCCGUCGCAGUUGCCACUGAGACUGUCACCGUCUACGCUUGCCCAAGCUCCACUGGUCUCUCCGGCUCUGCUGCCACCGCUGGUGCUUCCUCUGGAUCCUCUGCUGGAGAUUCCUCCGGCCUCACCUCCGGCUCCAACCCAUCUGGUGUUGCCGCCGCUAGCGGUGUUGCCGCCCCAACUGCCUCCUCCGGUGUCGUUUCCUCCCCAUCUGGAACCAGCUCCCCAAUUGCUUACGCUACUGGUGCUGCUGGCCACAUCCAAGUUUCCGCUUUCGGAAUGGUUGUCGCUGGUGCCGUUGCUCUUUUCAUCUAAAUUUCUUCAUCGAGUAUCGAAAGGCGUCCGGAUCAUUAACGAUGGCGUCUUCAAUCCUUUCGAUAAUUUAGCCUAACGACAUUUUUCUUUCGUAACCCAGCGACGAGAUACCCUGAUGUGUGAUCUACACUUGUGACGCAAGUUGGAUGACUGAUUUGGUUCAAUUACGGAGCUGCUGGAUUUUUGCAGAGGAUGUGGAUGAGGCUUUGACAUCGACUUCUCUCUUGUACAUAUGAUACUUCAUUGCAAGCAUAUUAAAUCAACAAGACUGUGUCGAUUUUCUGAGCUGUGAAUACUACGAAUUAAUAAUAAAAUAAUCUUUCC